GAAUGUCGGCAGUAUAAGAAGGACUAAUUGGACGCUUGCAUCCGUUUUAACCGGACCCCUGCCAGAGGAGGUUUUAUGACAGAUUCUUAAAUGGCUGAGGAAGUGUUAUUGUCCAGUGAGAAAAUCUCAGGGCACCUCACCUGGUCCCUGCUGGUGGUGGCACUCCUGGCCUCCUUUGGCAGUUCGAUGCUUUAUGGCUACAAUCUGGCUGUGGUGAACUCCCCUGCUGAUUACAUCAAAGACUUCUACAACCGCACGGUGGUGAGCCGCAAUGGCACCGCCCUGGACGAGGAAGCGGUCACCCUCAUGUACUCCCUCACCGUCUCCGUCUUCGCCGUCGGGGGUCUGGUCGGCUCGUUCAUGGUGGCCACCUUGGUGACCAGGUUCGGCAGGAAGGGGACCCUGGUGAACUCCACCGUGCUCGUCUUCAUCGCAGGCGGCCUCAUGGGCUUCAGCCGAGCCUGCUGCUCCCCGGAAAUGGUCAUCAUCGGCCGCUUCAUCACCGGGAUACACUCAGGUCUCAGCCUCAGCGUUGUUCCCAUGUACCUGGGAGAGAUCGCGCCGAAGAACCUGCGGGGCUUCCUGGGCCUCAUCCCCAGCAUAUUCAUCUGCGUCGGGGUGUUCUGUGCGCAGGUCCUGGGGCUCCACGAGCUGCUGGGGAAGGAGGAGCACUGGCCGCUCCUCCUCUCCCUGGUGGUGGGGCCCACCUUCGUCCAGCUGAUGCUGCUUCCCUGGUUCCCCGAGAGCCCGCGCUACCUGCUGAUCGAGAAGCACAACGUCCACGCCACCAUCGAGGCCCUGCAGUGGUACCGCGCCAAGUGCAACAUCCAGCUGGAGAUCGAGGAGAUGCAGGAGGAGCAGAGGUCCCUGAAGUCGGUCAACACGGUGUCCGUGCUGGAGCUCCUGAUGGACAGGACCGUGCGCUGGCAGGUCAUCUCCAUCGCGGUGGUCAACAUGGGCAUGCAGCUGUCCGGCAUCGAUGCGAUCUGGUUCUACACGAACACCAUCUUUGAGAACGCUGGGAUCCCUCCCCCUCAGAUCCAGUACACGACUGUUGGGACCGGUGCCAUCGAGGUCAUCGCGGGGCUUGUGGGAGGUUUCACCAUUGAAAGGCUUGGACGACGACCACUGAUGGUUGGUGGGUUUAGCUUCAUGGGGCUUUGCUGUGCAGGGAUUACGCUCUCUCUGAUCUUACAGACCCAUGUUCCUUUCAUGCGCUAUAUCAGUGUGGGUUGCGUGAUCGGAAUCAUCGCUGGCUUCUGCAUAGGACCAGCUGGAGUUCCCUUCCUGAUGACCGCCGAGCUCUUCAAGCAGUCCCACCGCCCGGCGGCCUACACCGUGGCCGGCUCCCUGAACUGGAUCUCCAACUUCACCGUCGGCUUCGUCUUCCCCUUCCUGCAGAUGUCGGCCGGGGCCUUCUGCUACCUGGUGUUCUGCGGCAUCUGCGUGGCGGUGGCCGCCUACGUGUACCUCAUCAUCCCGGAGACCAAGAACAAGACCUUCAUGGAGAUCAGCGAGCUCUUCAACACCAAGGAGUCGGCCAUCAACAGCCAGCUGAAGAUGGCGAAGAUGAACGGCUACGGAACGCUGGAGAACUGCACCUCCGCGGAGAAGUAGGGAAUCAGCGGGAGAGAGAGAGAGAGAGAGAGAGCAGGAGACUCUCGCCAAAGGAAACGUACCGCUCGACCGUAAAAAAAAACAACAAAAAAAAAAACUGACUCGAUCAUGGUUUGAACCGUUCUGAAAUGGCGUCCGUCCUUCAGUCUUCUGUGCUUCCCGCAUAGGAAGGACAGCGCUGGUGCGUGCUGAAUGUGCAGGCAUUCUCCAUGGCGUGAGAUGGAAGUGGUUUUACAACAGGUUUUUUUUUUUUCGGUUCCAAUCUGAUCUCUGUGUCCCUCGAACCUUGGAGAUCUUGUUUCAGAGUGAACAUCUCUCUGCGUAUUGUGGAGGGGGGGGGGAAAUGAUUGGUUUAAAAAAAAAAUAGUGUUUGAACUUUCCUCUGAGCACAGUCUCAUGAACACCAGUUCCCUCUCUGUACAUAAACUGAUUUUAUAAACUUUGUUUAUAAUUUUUUUUUUUUUUUUUUGUUACAUUUGUAUUAUGAUCUGUACUCAACAUUUGUUUUUGUUUAGAUGAGGCUAUAAGAUUGAAAUGCAUUACUGGUGUUCAAAGCAUUGCCACAUGAGUUUUCUAUACAUCACACAACAUUAUUUCUCUGAAAGUAACAUGCUGAAACUUCUUUGAGCCUCAUUUUAACAAACAAAAAAACAUUGAGUGUGGAUGUUAUUCUUUCUUUCUUACUCCUGUUAGGGGUACAUUUCCCAAGUCCCAUUCAACAGCUCCUAGGGCUUGGUGAUUGUCCAUUUAGGCAACUGUUGAAGUAGGAAAUUUGGGUAAAUUGAAUUCAAACUGAAGAACCAUUCUGCACUUAUUCUGCGGUUGUGUCACAAAAAAAUAAAUAAAUAAAAAUAAAAUGUUAAAAAAUCAGCGAAUUAAACCAGUCCCAAAAAUGAAAGAUUCAGUGAUUCAUACUUGGAUUCAGUGAUUCAUUGGUGGCGUGAGCUACAAGUGGAAAUGUUUCUCAGGAUUACUUAUUUAGGAGUACCCUUGUUAUGCUCAUCUUAAGGCCACUUUAAGGGCAAGUUAGUUUAAGACUUUUGUUUGCCAUUCAUGUAACUUCAUAACGGUGUGGAAUUCCCAUACCGUUAUCAUUGUGUUUUUAUGAGACGAAUAACACUGAGAUCACAUUUUCAAAGGAGUAAGGGUUAGUGUAUACUAAGGAUGCCAACUUUGUGCCUUAUGCAUACUUAAAUAUGGAAAAAUUCAUUACUGUGUUUAUUUAUGCAUACUGUACCUAUUAAUUUUAAAAAGUACAACACCAUAUACUUGACUAUUGCUCUGUUCGAUCUGAUUUCCUGGAGUUAGGCUUAUAAAGUGAAUUGUAUUUCUUUUUAAAUGUAUGUGGCACAGUUCUGGCAUUGAAAUCAUUGUUUCAAUUUGCCCUCCCUGUCUGUGAGCAACGUAAAAAUUUUACAGCCAACUUUGAUUUAAAAAUAAGUAAAUAAAUAAAUCUGUUCAGAAGUAUUUCACUGCGGUGCUAUUGGCUUUAUAGCCCAUGCCAGGAUUUCAGAUCCAUAUCAGACAAAUGUACACUAAAGGGUGUAGUUAAUGUUGUGCUAUAUCUGUUCUGGAAACAGCUGUAUAGUUUUCUGAACAUAAGAAUAUAUGAAAAAAAUAAUGAUAAUGUUUUAUGUAUAUUCAUGUACUUUAAUGUUUGUUAUUCAAAGCUUUGUAAAAUAAGAGAAAUAAAGUUGUUUGAAUGGA